AUCAAUCCACCGCACGCUUCGUGUUUAUGCUGUUUAUGUGUAAAUUUUGCUCCUGCUCAGACAUCGCCUAAAAUAAUAGUUUGAUAGUUUCUCAAUUUUCUCACAGAAAAAGGAUGGUCAGUGAAAUCCCGGAAAAGCUGAAAAUCGGCCCCAAGGAUGGGGUCAGCUAUCCACUGUCGGUGCAAUACUGCGGAAACUGCUCGAUGCCUCUGGAGUACUGCGAAUACUAUCCGGAGUACGAGAAGUGCAAGCAGUGGCUGGAGAAGAACCUUCCGCUGGAGUUCGAGCGGUUGAAAACCGGCGGCGGCGCAGUGGCGGGUGGAACUGGAACAGCUGGAGGUGGAUCCGGCGAGGGUGCUUCCGGUGGGGCAGAUGGCGAAGGUGCGACUGGAGGAGGAGGCGAGGAAGACAAGAAGCGACAGAAACGCGGAGGCAAAGGCAUGAUGAAGACAAAGAAAGCGAAGGACGACGGACCGAAGAAGAUUUGCCUGUCGCGGUCGGCUCGCGGCAAAAAGAAGUCCGUCACGGUCGUCACCGGAAUGGCCACCUUCGACGUGGACCUCAAGGUGGCGGCCAAAUUCUUCGGGACGAAGUUUGCUUGUGGCUCGUCCGUAACCGGAGACGACGAGAUUGUGAUCCAGGGCGACGUGAAAGACGACCUGUUCGAUGUGAUUCCGGAGAAGUGGCCGGAAAUCGACGAGGACUUCAUCGAAGAUUUGGGCGAUCAGAAGCGAUAGAGGCCGUUGGGAUCCAAAAUGAACGUUUGCAGGGGUUCCUUUAGCUUCGAGUCGAGGCAUUAAGCGUAAUAAAUUGUCUUUUAAAUAUUUAAA